AUGACCUUCAUCAGGAAGUUGAGGAUCUCCUUUUUUUAUAGGCGGAUAUGCAAAAAGACCCGUCAGGGCUACAGGAAGCUGUUGACGUACCUCAGAGGGCUCUGGAAAACUUUUAAGACACAUUUUAAGCCCCAGGAGGAAGAGCAGGCACUCUCCACAGCUGACUGCAUUUUUCACAAAGAAAAAAUUGAGGAACUUGGCAAAACGCUGAAGAAUAUACAUCUAUCCCUUGAAAAAAGAGCUAUGGCUGCCCAGAAAAUUGGACUACUGGCCUUCACAGGAGGCGUGGUUGCUGCAAACUUCGCCAGCGAGUACAUGAAAGAAGUCGCUUUCAUAAUGCAGACUGAAAAGGUGAUGUCACCAAAGACAAAGAUCCUGCUGCUCCAGAGUGUGGCAUGUUGGUGCUACUUAAACCCGGCCAGCCAGAAGAGAGCCAGACAACUGCAGUUUAUUCCUAUUUUCAUUACUUUCUUUGAUACUCCCUUCCACUCCACCAUCAAGAGUGAAGUCAACAGCCAUCGCCUGGUUCAGUUUUGGACAUGCUAUGCCCUCUCUUCCAUGACCUGUAACAACUUAUCCAUCAUAAGGGAGCUGAGAUCCUAUGGCACUCUAAAAUACCACCUGCAGAUAUUGGCUAUGGAGAACUGGGUUGGGUGGUCUGAAAAUUUUGCCGAGGUCUUAUAUUUCCUACUAGGUUUUCACAGAAAUUAAUUUUUUUCA